CAAAAACAGAUCCACACAAGGUCACGUGUCGUCGGCUAACACAAAAGAUGAGGUUGCUUCAACGUGUGGUCAUCACACUCCUCCAUCUGCUUAGGUCACCGUCCCAAUCUUCCAUCCCCGCAGAUAUUUUUUGUCCCAUUUUUAUUAAUCUCUUCAAUCUCCUCAACCAACGUGAAAUAUAUAGAUAUUGAAACGGUACCCAUAAUAAUUGAAGCCCCAAUUUACUUGAACUCACAUUUUUCAGUCUCUCACCAACAUCAUGACUACACUGACAAAGCUUCACCUCUUGUACCCACAAAGCUUUUGUCACUCUAGCUUCAAGGACCAGCAGAGGAACGGAAUUGGGUCCUGUUUUUGGCGGUCAGGUUCGGAAUCGCACAGGGGUCGUUACGGGUUGCGCGGGCGACGGUUUAGGUCAUUUAGGGGUGAAGGUGGAGGAGGAGUGGAAGAGAAAGAGAAGGAAAGUGCGACAACGUGUGAGAAAGUGAAGAAAGGUCAAGAAAAGCUGAAGGAGGGAAGUGGGUUUUGGAGUUCUUUGAACCCCGCUAUUUUUUGGGCUUCCGGUGAUGAUCAAAGAAAGGCAGUGGCAAAGAUGGAGGAGGUUUUCUCUUCGAUUGCUCUACAAGUUGGAAGAUAUAUAGUGACCAUGAUGAGCACUGGAGUUGUACUUGCAGUCGGUUUUCAGCUGUCAGGUGGAGACAGCCAGAUGAAUACGUUGAUUUGGUAUAGCUGGCUUGGAGGAGUUAUAAUUGGAACUAUGGUAGGAGCCAAUAUUGUUUUAGAUGAGCAUUGUCGGGCUGGUCCACGUAAUGUUGUCAUAACUGGGAGCACGAGAGGACUGGGUAAAGCACUUGCUCGAGAGUUUCUUCUCUCUGGGGAUCGAGUGGUUGUAGCUUCUCGCAGUCCCGAGUCAGUAGAUAUGACCGUAAAAGAGCUUGAAGAGAACCUCAAGGAAGGUAUGGUCACCUCAUCCAGGAGGAAUCUUAAACAUGCAAAAGUUGUAGGAGUAGCAUGUGAUGUUUGCGAACCUGAAGAUGUGAAGAAAUUGGCAAAUUUUGCUGUUAAAGAGCUUGGUUCUAUUGAUAUAUGGAUAAAUAAUGCUGGCACAAAUAAAGGUUUCAGGCCCCUGCUGCAGUUCACAGAUGAAGAUAUCAAACAGAUUGUCUCAACAAAUCUGGUUGGAUCUAUUCUCUGCACACAAGAAGCAAUGCAUGUAAUGGGAAACCAGCCAAAGGGGGGCCACAUAUUUAACAUGGAUGGUGCUGGCUCUGGAGGAUCUAGUACCCCUCUGACAGCUGUCUAUGGGUCUACUAAGUGUGGUCUAAGGCAGUUCCAUGCAUCAGUUUUGAAAGAGUGCAAGAGGACUAGAGUUGGGGUGCAUACAGCAUCACCGGGCAUGGUCCUCACUGAUUUGCUCUUAAGCGGCUCAACUUUACAAAACAAGCGCAUGUUUAACAUCAUUUGCGAGCUUCCUGAAACAGUUGCUAGGACUUUAGUUCCAAGGAUGCGGGUCAUAAAGGGUACUGGAAAGGCCAUCAAUUACUUGACCCCUCCUAGGAUAUUGCUUGCUUUAAUCACUGCAUGGGUGCGACGAGGUCGAUGGUUUGAUGAGCAGGGAAGGGCACUGUAUGCAGCAGAGGCGGACAGACUUCGUAACUGGGCUGAAGACCGUGCUCGAUUUUCCUUCACAGAUGCAAUGGAGAUGUACACAGAAAACACUUGGGUGUCCGUUUUCUCACUUUCUGUGGUUUGUGCUUUCAUAAUCCUCUCUAGCACUGCUAGUACAUUUCCUGGCACCUGAGGCUCCAUAAUAGGUUGCAGCCACCAAACACCGCUAAGGCUACUGUGGGCACAUAUGAGCUACUAUGGCAUGAGCCAGCAUUACUCUCUAGAGAAUGAACAAAUUUCUCAGAGGCAACUUAAAACUACGAGUGGCAGCUUGUGGAUUUUGUAUCAGCAGCUAGCUAGCAGGUGCGUCGUUGACAUUCAGUUGUAGAUUACAAGCAUGAGCCAAUGCACAUUGCGGAGGCUCUUGUUCUUCCUGGACAGACUAUUCAAUUGUAAGUGGUUCUUAGAUGCUUACACCAUGCAGUAAUUUACUUGCAAUAAAAUAUUGACAUUUUAAAUAAAAGAUUUACUUGUGCAUUCUGUAGUCACUAUGAAUGUAAAAUUCAUUUCCACUCUUUUCUUUU